CCAGAAAGGAAAGAAUAGUCUCCAGGAGUUCGCGGUAAGCCUCAUCCUAGCUAAGCAGCGCGCGAAGUAGGCGAUUAGACUCUAACUCCAAGUGAAGUUAAUAUAAUGAGUGGAAUGGCAAGCUCAUCUGAUGUCAUUGCCAGCAGCGGCUAUCGCCCUUCCACAAGCGGUCUCGCAAAUAUGGAGCUGUUCCAUGUUGAGCCAGAACUGAUCGUUACGCUCUAUGACAUGAGCAGUGAAGACCUCUGUUCUUUCGCGGAGCUCUAUGAAGAUCCAGUAAACAAUGUGCAAAUUGAACUAUAUGUUCUUGCAUACUUCCUUCUCUUCACGAAAACGCUCUCAACAGAACACGUCGAACAAGCCAUUCAGCGAACAGAAGGAUGGGUAGCGGUGACAGAGCUUGACGAUCCUGAGCGCGCCCGGCGAUUCCAGAUACUUGACAUGAUGUCAGCCAGGAUGUACGAACUCGCGUACAUUUCUCAAGAGUUACUACAGAACUACGAGCGAUAUGGCAGCAUAGAAGACUUGGAUAAGGCUAUUAGCGUUAUAGAGCAAGUACUAAAUAUCACGCCGCAAGGAUCUGAAGAUCUCGCUGCAAUGUUAAGCAAUUUUGGUGCUAUGCUUAGCCGGCGAUUUGAGCGGACUGGGUCGAUGGACGAUCUCAACCAGGCGGUGGACGUUGCCAACAUGGCAGUCGAAGCCACUCCUCAGGACCACCCCAAACGAGCUGGCCGGCUGAGCAACCUCGGAAACAGGUUCGGCAGCCGAUUUGAGCAGACUGGGUCGAUGGACGAUCUCAACCGGGCGGUGGACGUUGGCAACAUGGCAGUCGAAGCCACUCCUCAGGACCACCCCAAUCGAGCCAUCCGAUUUGAGCGGACUGGGUCGAUGGACGAUCUCAACCGUGCCUUGUCCUAUCAUAAGGAUGGUUGGGCUUGCUAUACUUCUCCACCAUCUACCCGCAUUGUUUCGGCUCGGCGCAGCGCUAACAUCCUUACCUCUCAACUAAGGUGGGAAGAAGCAAGUGACUUCCUACAAGGCGCCGUAAAGCUUCUCCCUAUUGUGAGCCCACGGCUGCUAGGGAAUAAUGACAAGCAGCAUAUGCUCGGACAGUUUUCCGGUUUGGCUUCUAUGGCUGCAGCUAUCUGGCUAAAAGCAGGAAAAGAUGAGCAUCUGGCCUUGGAGCUAUUAGAGCUGGGCCGUUGCGUUAUUGCUGGGCUUUUGUUAGAGAUGCGCACAGACAUCUCUGAUCUUAAACAGCAGUAUCCCAUGUUAGCAGCGGAGUUCGAAACUCUUCGGAAUAAGCUAGACUCACCUCCUAGUGAGACAACUUUACUAGGAGAUACUGCAUCUCCGUGGAAAGUCCAGGCAAAUCAACGGCUAGAAGCAGACAAAAGACUAAAAGAGCUUAUUACGGAGAUACGUGGUCAGCCUGACUUUCAGAACUUCCUUCUCCCGCCAACUCAUGAAGAACUUAUGGCUGCUGCUAGCCAAGGCCCCAUCGUCAUUAUCAACGUAAGCUCUUACCGUUGUGAUGCGUUUCUUAUUACGCAUUAUCAAGUAAAGGUCUUAGCGCUGCCCAACCUAAAAGAGGUCGAACUCAACAAAAGAAUCCAGCAGCAUUCAGUUGGAUCAACAUCAACCCUACAAUGGCUAUGGAACGUUGCUGCAGGCCCCAUUCUAGACGCACUAGGCUACCAGCACCUACCCUUAGACAAUAACUGGCCUCAGGUCUGGUGGAUUCCCACAGGAGCACUAAGCCACUUUCCGAUUCACGCAGCAGGAUUCCACACCAAAGGAUCAACCAAGACAGUGCUCGAUAGAGUCAUGUCAUCCUACACUUCGUCUGUAAAGGCACUGAUAUACGGGCGCCGUCAUAGUGUACAGAAGCCUACGGGGCCAGGCCUGGAGCAAGCUCUCCUAGUUGCAAUGCGCGACACUCCCAGUCUAUCAAGAAACUCAGUCCUCCCUUUUGCCGCUAGGGAAGUGGACAUAGUUGCCGGUCUCUGUCCGUCGCUGCAGCUUAAGCCAGUUACACCAUCAAAACGCAGGGAAGAAGUUCUGGCGCACUUGCGAGCCUGCAAGAUCUUCCACUUUGCUGGCCAUGGACGUUCAGAUCCCCUAGAUCCUUCGCGAAGCUGUCUGCUUCUAGAUGACUGGACUAAGACCCCGUUAACUGUAGGAGAUCUCCGCGACUCUAAUAUCCAAGAGAGCUCUCCAUUCCUUGGCUAUCUCUCAGCCUGCUCGACUAGCGCAAACAAGGUGGACAGGCUUGUUGAUGAGGGAAUUCACCUAGCGAGCGCGUUCCAACUUGCGGGGUUCAGGCACGUUAUCGGAACGCUCUGGGAAGUAUCUGAUAGCCACUGUGUGGACGCUGCUAGGGUGGUGUACGAGACAAUCCAGAACAAAGGUAUGACGGACGUGGCGGUACGCCAGGGCCUCCACCGGGCGGUCAAGGGGCUACGGGACGGGCACGUGGAGUGGACAAGAGAGGCGAGAGAUGCGGAGCUUAGCGAUGAGGAGCUUUGUGACGAGGGUUGUGAGAGUCCGCUACAGAGUCCUCUGUAUUGGGCUCCGUACAUUCAUUUUGGCGUCUAGGCGUUACUGAGUCGGAUUUGAAUUUGAAGCGGAUUUCGAUUUUAGGUAGCAAGGUUUCUUGUUGUUCUUCCUUGCACAGUUUCUCCUUAUCUAGAAUUCCAGAAUACAUGAUUUAGAAGUACCG